CUUCAUCAGAUAAGAGAUUAAUCGAGGAGAGAGAGAGACAGGAGGAGGAGGAGGAGCGUAACAAUGGCGACAGCGGCGGCGGCUUCUUCCCCAGCAGUCUUCCCUCUCCGAUCCUUCGCCAGGAACGGCCCUUCCCGAGAUCCUCGCGUCUCUUUCAACGUCUCCCUCAUCCGUUCGCCUCGCUUUACCGUUUCUUCCAGGAAGCAACACAGGGCAGUUUGCUGCAGUUGGAGCUCUCCCGAGGCUGGCUCCUGCGCUCCCAGAAAAGGGAUUUGGUCAAUUAGGGACGAUCUGGUGAUGCCGUCGACACCUUACUUCCUCGCGGAGGUGCAGGGAGGGCAAGGGCCGCCGCCUGCGGUGCAGGAGAACUUCCAGAGCGUCGUCAGUCAACUAUUUCAACAUAGAAUUGUUAGAUGUGGUGGACAAGUGGACGACGACAUGGCGACUGUUCUUGUGGCUCAUCUUCUGUACCUCGAUUCUGUGGAUCCUACAAAGGAUAUUGUCAUGUAUAUAAACUCUCCAGGAGGAUCUGUUACAGCAGGGAUGGCAAUAUUUGACACGAUGAGGCAUGUAAGGCCAGAUGUUUCUACUGUUUGUGUCGGUCUGGCAGCAAGCAUGGGUGCUUUCCUCCUGAGUGCAGGAACAAAGGGAAAAAGAUACAGCUUACCAAAUGCCAGGAUUAUGAUCCAUCAACCUCUUGGAGGAGCUCAAGGUUCACAAACAGAUAUCGAAGUCCAGACAAACGAAAUGCUUCAUCACAAAGCGAAUUUGAGUGGAUACCUUGCAUCUCAUACGGGUCAAAGUCUAGAGAAGAUCUACCAAGACACCGACCGGGACUACUUCAUGAGCGCAAAAGAGGCUAAAGAAUAUGGGCUAAUCGAUGGUGUAAUAAUGAACCCUUUCAAAGCUCUGCCACCGUUGCCGAGCCCCGAGCAAUGAGGACCCGUUGCGUCUGUGCAAUCGCUUGAUGUUUUAGAAUUCGAUUGAAUAGAAUCUUCCACAGGUAAAAAAGGUGCCUUUGAUCUUGUUUUAGAACUUCGAUUUAGGACGUUUUACUACAAAUUCUACCUGUUGGUUAGUGCCCAAAUGUUUCGAUAGAGAUGGCACUUGUGGUUGUAUCUUGUGUGCACUCCUAAAAUCUCAUAGGAAGAGAUGUGUUAAGACAA